AGGCUGUUUAUUUCCCUCUAUAGAUGCUACCUGACCUGCUGAGUUCCUCUAACACUUCGUGUGUGUUGUCUAACUAUUUCCAGUUGUUUCGCAAGAUCACCGCUGCAACUACGGUCUCGUCCAAUGAAAUUAUCAAAGCAAAACUCCGUCGUCUUAUUCACGUUUCCUCACGGGAAACAUUACAUUAGCGCAGCCACCAUCUUGCGACAUACUAAAUUUUCAGGGGCGUUUGCUUUACAAGAGUCUUCCAAAAGACUAAUAAGUACGAGGAGAUCGGAUUUUGUAAGCAACCGAGGAUCGGUCCCAUCAAUGACAAACUCACUCGCGAAGGCAGCUCAGCCCAAGUGGGGGGUUCAUGGGCCCGCUAUUUCGCUGCCCCCAGAUGCCAGGUCGGGAAGGUGCGGUUUCACCGCGUAACCUCCACCCUAAGCAAUUUCCGCUCUAUCAGGAAGUGGGUGCCGCAGAGGCGAGGCGAGGGUUGACGUUGGUUGGAGCGUGCUGGGGCGGCCUCGGGGGCAACGGCAAGCCGCCCGGUUUCCGCUUCAGCCAAGAUGGAGAAUAUUUCUUUCAGGGCAGGAGAACUCACCAAUCUUCUGUAUUCGGACAAGAGGAUCUUCCGCUAGUAAGCAUAAGUGAAAGCCGGGGAACAAAUUGCCUCUAUUGACCUUUACAUUUUGGUUGUGUGUAAUAGGGUUAUGCUCAAUAACAUAUGGCUCGAUGUCCUAUUGUACUUCAUAGCCAUCAAUGGACUCUUGGUACAUUGCCAGUAUUAAACUGAAUUGCAACUGCCAAGUUAAUGCAGUAAAGUCUUCAAAACAGCAAGGGUUUUUUAGGUGGUUUGGAGACUUAAAGAGGAAUAAGAACCGAAAUCCAAGUCCCAACGUCACUCCUCAGCCAAGCGACAGAGCAAAAAGUUCGUGUAAGAACUCAAGGUCCAACUGCAGCAGCUCACAGCCCAUUGCUGAUCCCACCGCAUCCCAGAGGUUUGACAGUAAAGCUCGUUGGAGUAAACAGUACGAUGUGUGUAUUUGCCAUGCUGAGGAUGAUGUAGCCUAUGUGCAAGACUUGGUGUCUUUUCUGGAACUGCAUCCGCAAGGUCUGCGCUGCUUCCUGCAGCUCAGGGACUUGGCCCUAGGGGGUGCCAUCUGUACUGAGCUCUGCCAGGCUGUCAGGGAAAGCCAUUGCUGGGUCCUCAUCAUUACACCAAGCUUUCUCAAGGACCCCUGGUGUUGGUACCAGAUGCAGCAGGCAUUGUCUGAAUCUCCCAAUGCCAAUGGGCGGGUCAUUCCAGUCCGGAAGCACCUGGAGCGGAAGGAUUAUCCGCAGGAGCUGCGCUUCAUGUUUGGUAUUGAUGUCAGACUGGGCAAAGAGAACGGAUUCCAGAAGAUCAGGCAUGCUAUAUUAUGUUAUCUUGAGGAGCUCUGCAGGAAGGAUAGAGAGGAGCAGCGACGAAGGGAUGUUGAGAGCUGUGUGGACACUGUCAGCAGCACAACAGACUCGAGCAGGACUUGCUGAACAUGUGAAGACAAAUGCGCACAAUUCCACCAUCACUGAGUUGGGACACUGGAGACAGAGGAUUUAAUCCUAAUAUUUAAAAUCAAGAGCAUACGCGUGUCGGUUUCUGUCGUGGUGUACAUAACUGUCGGUGUGGAUUUGUCUAUUUCCCAGAGAUUGACCCUGGGAUUCGGGGUCCCAUCAUCGGCUAACCCAGGUGUUGGUACUGAGGAUUGAAGCCUGAAGGUCAAUCAGACGACAAAGCCCGAUGGCUGAAGCCUGGAUACUGCAGACUGGAAGCCUGCCCUGGAGCUUGCUUUGUUGCCUGUUGUGUUCUGUGUGGUUCUGCUGAGCAUUGCGAGCGUGCUCUGUUGGUGCCCGAGUGUAUGCCAACACUUGCAGGCUGCCCCCAGCACAUCCUUGGGUGUGUCGUUUAUUAAUGCAAAUGGCGCAUUUCACUCUAUGUUUCAAUGUACAUGUGAUAAAUAAAUCUGAAUCCAAGUCUUUGUAAGCGUGUGUGUGUGUACGGUAUUCGUAUCUGUCUCUGUGUGUAUGUGCAUCUGGCUAUUUGUGUCUUUCUGUGCCUGAUUCUGUUUUUACAGUCCAGGUUCAGUACUGUGCAAAAAGUCUUUAGGUAGAUAUAGCUAGGGUGCCUAAGGCUUUUUCACAGUAUUGUAUUUGUUAACGUGCAGCGGAGAAUGAGUCUGUAAAUCUGGAAAGAGCCAAGGAUAUUGGGAAUGAUGAGGGUGGAGGGGUGUGGGAAAGGUGGCAGAGAAGGAGUGCCAGGGAUGCGACUGGGUGCCUGCGCACAGACACAUCCAGCCCUGAGUCACCAGGCAAAGUUAUUUGAAUCCAAACAAUUGGUUUAUUGAUCAUUGCAGAAUGUCUCUCCGCUACUUCCCACUCCCUCCCUCUCCCUUCCCCUUUUUCCAACAAUGAUUCCCCUCUCCCUGUCCCCUUCCCACUCUCAGUCCACAACAGAGACCCAUAUCAAAAUCAGGUUUAUCAUCACUCGCGUAUGUCAUAAAAUCUGUUUUUUUUUGUGGCAGCAGUACAGUGCAAUACAUAAAAUUACUACAGUACUCCGCAAAAGUCUUAGGCACCCUAGCUGUAUAAUGUGCCUAAGACCUUUGCACAGGACCGUAUGUGGGUGCUUACUCUAAUAUCUUAUGUCUUUUGAGUGGUUCUCCCAGGAUUACAGAUAUUACUUGAGAACUGACACAAGUUGAUCUUGGCUCUGGAUUUCUUGUCUACGCUGGUGACGUAUAUGGUUGGGCCUUUCAAGCUAUGUUUUUUUAAAAUGGAGUUUUCCCUCACAUUUCCAAAGUUGUGAAAGGGCAUUGACAAGUAGGCAGUCACGUUGUGAUCAAAGAGAAAUUUUAUUUUUCUACCAUGUUCUUAUGAUUGGAGUUAUUGGUGCUACAAAGUAAAUGAUUGGCAAAUUCACCUGUCAGUCACACCCAGAAAUAGUUAAGAUUGAUUCCAUCCAUGCAAGUUGUCAUAACAACUUCCUUCUGUUUAUGGAGAAAUAAUAAUUACUUUCAUAUUCUGUAUUUUGGCCUUGAGAUCUGUUGUCAAUUAAAUGGAUCAGAUAAAACACAGCAGACUAUGACACCGCCUAAUAGAUGUACUUUACUUAUCAAACUCAAAGAUUCACUACAGAGUUCAAAAAGUUACUGAACUUCAUAGUUCCACAGCUCUUGUAGUUCCACAUCUUCUUAGUUUAUCUCCAUAAUUUCCAAGACAUACAGCCCAUAUGUAGAUAUUACAACAUUCAUCAAGAGCGGGUGAGUUCUUCUGAGUCCAAAACCUGGGCCUCUGCAACUGGAUCCUUGACCUCCCCAUUGGGAGACCAGUCUGUGUGAAUCAGAAGUAACAUCUCCUCCUAACUGACAAUCAAAACUGUCGCAUCUCAAGGACGUGCGCUUAGCCUGUGACUUUACUCUCUCUGCACCCACGACCGUGGCUAGGCACAGCUCAAACACCAUCUGUAAAUUCGCUGAUAACUUUUGUUGGCAGAAUUUCAGAUGAUGAAGAGGAGGCAUACAGGAGUGAGAUAGAUCAGCUGGUUGAGUGGUGUGGCUGCAACAUUCUUGUUCUCAAUGACAGCAAGACCAAGGAACUGGUCGUGGCCUUCAGGGAAGGGAAGUUGAGGAAACACAGAUGAAUCCUAUUGAAUUGAGUGGUCAGCAGUGGAAAGGCUGACCAGCUUCAAGACAACAUUUCUGAAGAUCUACUGUGGGUCCAACAUAUUGAUACAGUUAUGAAGAGGGCAUGCCAGUGGCUAUAUUUCUUUAGGAGUUUCAGGAGAUUUGUAAUGUCACCAAAGACUCUAGUAUUUCUGCAGAUGUACUGUAGAAAGCAUUCUAACAGGUUGCAUCUCUGGCAGGUAUAGAGGGGCCACUGUACAGGAUUGGAAAAAGCUGCAGAAGGUUGUAAACUUCAGCCAGCUCCAUCAUGGCCACUGGCCUCUCAAGCAUCGAGAGCAUCUUCAAAUGGUGAUGCCUCAGAAAGGCAGCAUCCAUCAUUAAGGACCCCCAUCACUCUGGACAUGUUCUUUUCUCAUUCGUAUCAUCUGAGAGGAGGUACAGGAAGAGACACUCUCAACACUUUAGGAACAGCUUCUUCCCCACCAGAUUUCUGAAUGGAUAAUGAAACCAUUAAAACUACCUCAGUAUUUUAGCUCUAUUUGUGCAUGACUUUAUCUCUCUACCUCUACAUUAGUAUUUUAUGUAUUGCACUGUACUGGUGAUGCAAAACAACAAAUGUCAUGACAUGUGAUUCUGAUUCUGACUCAGGGUUGUCUUCAGUGGUUGGUCUGCAGUGUCGCUGCUGCUGGCCAUCCCGUAUUUAUGCAUUUCUUUGCAUAAGGGCACCACAGUGGUGUAGCAGUUAGCACAAUGCUGUAUGGCGCUAUCUGUAAGACCUGGGCUCAGUUCCCACUGCUGCCUGUAAAGGGUCUGUAUAUUCUCCCUGUUUCCACAUGCGUUUCACUUUCCAAAGAUUUACGGUUCGUGAGCGGUGGGCAUGCUAUGUUGGCGGCAGAAGCAUGGUGACAUGCUCAGCCUAUCAGUUGUUGACGCAAAUGAUGCAUUUCACCGUAUGUUUCUUUGUACAUGUGAUAAAUAAAGCUGACUUUUAUCUUUAUCUACCUUUCAUAUAUUGCUUAGUUCUUAAUAGCCAAUAUGUAGCUGUAACUCUAGGCAUAAGUACACGUUUCUGUCACCCUUUGAUGCUGCUGCUGUUCAACCAUUAUUUCCUUAAUUAUCAGUGUGUCUGAUCUUUUGUGGUUCAUCAGACUCCCUCUCACAAGCUAUCAGUUCCCAAGCUAGCCUCAUCUGCUUGUUCUCUUCUCCAGGUCAGUGGGAUACUGAGAAACUGAUUCAGCAAAGUUUUUGUGUUGACCCAGGCCAGGUGUAUAACACCUGGCCUUCCCUCUGCAGCUUUUCUCCUCCCUCUUCAGCUACCAGUGUUGUCCCAGUGCCUGUUGGGACACUUGACAUCUCUCUGACUGCUGCAGUUCUGAUGGUCCUGGGGAACAAUUGGAUAGAAUAUCUGUUUACCGCCAGGCCGGCUCCAGAUAUAAUUCCGUGGUUUACACAAUAAUCCAAGACUCACUUCAAAUCCAAAUUGUCCCGACUCAGCAUUUAUAUUUCUUUAAUUGUAUUAUGGUUGGAGAUGUGGUACAGUGAAAUAUGCCAUUAAUUGCAGGUCUAUUUGCUCACUGCUGUUGAGAAUUGUAAUGAAAAUAUUUUGAAAUUCAUUCCUUUUUUCCUGAUUCAGCAGCAAGAGGUAUCCAGAAACAAAGGAGGUGUUGUACACAUUCAAGGUUAUGGCAAGCUACUUUAUUAAGAGCUAUAUAGAGAGCAAAAUACAGAAAGAAAAAGAAAAUAAGAUCAAGAAGGGAAAAGCUAAUAAUUAUCAACCAAUUACUGAACCAAUCUGUACAAUGUUGGAGGGAGUUGUCAAACUCCCUCAGAAGUUAGUCUAUUUCAGUAAGGUUAUUGCUCAUUAUUCUUCUAGAGAAUGAAGGAGCAGCCUAUUCAAUCUACAUGUGAUGAACCAACCAUCCCACAAACCUAGUCAGGUGAACCUUUGCCACAUUCCUCCUGUAGCAGGAAAUGCUUCCUUGGAUUAAAGACACAAACUGAUAUACAAUACUCCAGGUGUGGUGCCGUGAAAGCCCUAAAAAUUGUGGUAACACGUCUUUACUCUAUUUAAAUCCUUUUGCUUUUAAAAGCAAGCAUACUGUUUGCUUCCUUUAAUAGCCUGUUUCACUUGCAUGUUCACUUACAUUGAGGUGAAGCAUUUGAUGUCAUUGGAUAAUUUGACAUUGCAUCCACCCCACCCAGGAUUAUGAGAAUAUUUAAGUUUUUCUCAAAGGACUCAAUGUUGAAUUUUCCAACUAUCAGUAACACUCUCCUUCCUGUCUGCACUGGAACUGGCCAUUUCUGACUGGCAUCAUUUUGGCUCAGGUUUUCUGUCUCAGGUAGCUUCACCUACCAGGCAUGUCCCACGACAUCACCCUUGCCAACACAACACAAAGAAGCACAGUUGCCUUCUAAUUGGCACAUUAAAUCACCCCAGUUAUAUUCCCUGUGUUCCACACAUCCCUCCUCCACCUUUUCAGCUGCUGAGUGUUUCCAGCAGUUUCUGCUCAUUUCAGAUUUCCAGAAUCUGCAGGGUUUAAAAAAUUUCCUUUUGUUUUCUCCAUUUAAAUUACAAUUUGAUUUCCUUUUCCUCUAAAGUGGCUAGCCCUCAUUAUACACUAUGUGACAAGUUCCUGCCCCCUCAUUUAAUCUAUCUCUUUCCCUUGUCAGGCUGUUUGUGUCCACCUCAUAUUGUCAUAACCCACUUACUUUUAUGCCAUCACAAAUGUGACCGUAUACUCCGUAGACUGUAAAUAGUUGAGGUCUCAGCACUGAUCAUUGUAGUCCUGGUUACUGGCAAUUCAGAAAUUAGUUUCUUCCUGGAGAUACGAAAGACUGCAGAUGCAGGAUUAUGGACCAACAAUCUGCUGGAGGAACUCAGUGGG